GAUGAUAAUCUAGCUCGUGAUAAUGAAAAGCUCCAAUUGGUAAACGCAGAUCUGAAGAAUCGGUUGGUUUCUUCCAUCAUCGACGAUUUUCGUUCUCCAAGCAUCAUCAGAGAUAACGGAGGUACUAGUGGUGGACCUAACAACCGAGUUGCACCGAGUUGUGAAGCUGAUCCAGUUACGAGUCCAACAAGUGUAAUUGGGAAUAUUAACCAAGGAUUUGAAGAGAAUUCAGUUUAAUUUCAGCCAGAGAGAGCAUCUCUGCCGAAGACCAUCUCCGUUCGUUCUAGUGCUUAUAUUAAGAUGAAUGCUGGUACAAAUACAACUGCUCCUCCUUUCAACAGAAUCACCGGCAGACAUCGUGCUGCUGCAGUUACGAGUCCAACCAGGGUAAUUGGAAAUAUUAACCAGGGAUUUGAAGAGAAUUCAGUUCAAUUUCAGCCGGAGAGAGCAUCUCUGCCGAAGAGCAUCUCCAUUCGUUCUAGUUCUUAUUUUAAGAUGAAUGCUGGUAGAAAUACAACUGCUCCUUCUUCCAACAGAAUCACCACUGACGGACUUCGUGCUGCUGCUACACCAUUCUUUCCUAGAACUUCGCUACGAGUGCAUAUGCCUACUCUUUCUGCUGUAGAUGAGAAGAAGGACCCAGUGCCAGUGGAAUUGGAUGCAUACGUUCAAGGAAUGUACAAGACCGAGCUAUGCAAUAAAUGGGUACAAACAGGUGUAUGUCGAUACGGGGACCAGUGUCAAUUUGCGGAUGGAUUUGGUGAACUGCGUCCUGUGGUUCGUCAUCCUAGAUACAAAACUGAAGUUUGCAGAGAGAUUUUAAAUGGAGGUUUCUGUCCUUAUGAUCAUCGGUGCCAUUUCCGUCGUGUCCUGACUGAUCAAGAGAAGCGUGCUGCCGGUAUUACUUGUUCUUAGCUUCUACCUACGUGUAAGAUGUGAAUAAGCAAAAUGGGGAGUGAUGAAGAAAUACGGAAAAAACAAAUGCAAAAAAAAACAAAAAAAAAGGAAAAAAGCAACAGAAAAGAAGGAAAGAAAAUAGGAAGCUAGUACUAGAGACUAGAGACCAGAGUACAUAUAAAAAGAGUAGGCAUAUCAGAAUCAUAAAGACAGAAAAAACAAAAAUAGAAGCACACAUGACAUG